AUAGACGGCAGCAUCCAGGAGGUGAACGUGAGCCCCUGCCCCACGCAGCCCUGCCUGCUUCACAAGGGGACGUCCUACAGCAUCAACGUCACCUUUGCAAGCAAGAUUGAGAGCCAGGGCAGCAAAGCGAAGGUGUACGGCGAGAUGCUUGGCGUGGACAUACCGUUUCCCAUUCCUGAGCCUGAUGGAUGCAAGUCUGGGAUCCAGUGUCCCAUUCAUAAGGGCCAUUCCUACAGUUACCUGAAUAAACUCCCUGUGAAGAGCGAGUACCCGAGCAUUAAACUGAUUGUGAAGUGGGAGCUGAUGGAUGACAAGGACCAGAUGUUGUUCUGCUGGAAGAUACCAGUGCAGAUCACCAGCUGAGGAGCCCUGCCAUUAUGAGGGCUUGGGGAGGGGAAAAACAGAAGACAACACAGGCCAAAUUCUUUUAUAUAAUAAACAUUUCUUACUGCUUCCUUCAGACCUCUGCAGCCUCUGAG